CAUCAUGGACAUCAUCGAGGUGGUGCCGGAGCCGGGGCAGCCGCUCACCAAGAACAAGUUCAAGGUGCUCUAUGAGAAGGAGCAGAAGGGCCCCGUGACCGCCCUGUGCCACUGCAACGGCUACCUCGUGUCGGCCAUUGGCCAGAAGAUCUUCCUGUGGAGCCUCAAGGACCACGAGCUGACGGGCAUGGCCUUCAUCGACACGCAGCUCUACAUCCACCGCAUGAUCAGCGUCAAGAACUUCAUCCUGGCGGCCGACGUCAUGAAGAGCAUCUCACUGCUGCGCUACCAGGAGGAGAGCAAGACGCUGUCCCUCGUCAGCCGGGACGCGAAGCCGCUCGAGGUCUACAGCGUGGACUUCAUGGUGGACAGCACCCAGCUGGGCUUCCUGGUGUCCGACCGCGACCGCAACCUGCUGGUAUACAUGUACCUGCCCGAAGGUAAGGGCACGAUUCUCGAGGACUUGCUGGAGAUCGACCGCGUCACGGCCCAUUUCUGA